AUGAUAGAGAUUAUUCCAAAAAUUGAGUUUAUGAUUAGUGAAGCUUUUAAAAUAGAUACUAAAUUAUUUGCUAUUAUUUCUGAUAGUGCUUCAGUAUAUGCUGGUGCUAGUGAAUUAAAUGAUUUAACUAAACUGGGUGAAGAUGAUUCAGAAUAUGCUGAACAGAGUAAAUCAAAUAUAGUUAUAUCUGAUAAUUGGAAAAUCCAACUUGAUGAUUGGGAACAAAUAUUGGAGAACAAGAAAGCUACAAGAAUAGAAAAAGAAGAGGUAGAGCAUGAGAAUAAUGAUUGUAACAUAAAUAGUGAUUUAUUAAGUAAAUACAAACAUCCAGUGGUAGAUCCUAAAACUAAAUGA